CCAAAAGUUGCAGUGGGCCCCUCUCCCGUUCCCUUCUCCGUUUGGGGGCCAGGCUAGGAACCUUUGGAUCGAAAGCCGAGAGCCGCCGACCCUUCCCUGCGCCCCCCACCAUGCCCUCCAAUGGGCCCAUGAUCGACAGCAGCAGCGCCUCUGCAGACCGGGAGGCAGCUGACGCUCACAAGGGUGAAGAGGAACCUGAUGAGAACCGGAACAAAGAGGAGAAGCCCGAUCCAGGAAUAGCUGUGAGGAAAGCAGGGCGGCCGGGGAGGAAACGCAAGCAGCCGGUGAUGGAAAGCAGCGAGGCCCCCAAAAGCACGGCCUCUGCACCCCGGUGCCCCCCACAGGCCCCCAACAGCAGCGCCAGCAGCGGCAGCCCUGCGCACCCGGUGCCCAACGGAGAGGCGGAGGUGGGCAGCGCCGAGAACGCCACCGCCACCCCCGUGGACCCGAAGGGCAGGCAGAGGAGCGAGAACCCGGAGCCAAGCAGCCUGCCGGAGAGGGAGACGGGGCGGGCCCUGGAGAACGGGCGCUGCACCCCCAAGGACAGCCCGGAUCCCUCGGUGGGCGAAGGCAAAGAGAAAGAAGAGAACCACUACAACUCCCUGAAAAUGGAGGGAUCCCGUGGCCGCCUGCGCGGAGGGCUGGGCUGCGAGUCGAGUCUUCGCCCCCGGCCGAUGCCCCGCCUGACCUUCCAGGCUGGGGACCCCUACUACAUCAGCAAGCGGAAGCGGGACGAGUGGCUGGCCCGGUGGAAGAGGGAGACUGAUAACCCAGCGGCAGCCCAGCUGGACAAGGCUGAGAAGAAAGCCAAAGUGAUUGCGGGGAUGAACGCCGUGGAGGAGACGCCCCGGAGUGAGCCCCAGAAGGAAGAAGAGGCCAGCCCCCCGGCCUCGCAGCAGCCCACCGACCCCGCCUCCCCCAAUGUGGCCACCACGCCGGAACCUGUGGGGCCUGAUGCGGCGGACAAAGGGAUGUCCAAGUCGGGGGACGACGAGCCGGAAUACGAGGACGGCCGGGGGUUUGGCAUUGGGGAGCUGGUCUGGGGGAAGCUGCGUGGAUUCUCCUGGUGGCCGGGCCGCAUCGUCUCCUGGUGGAUGACCGGCCGGAGUCGGGCCGCCGAGGGCACCCGCUGGGUCAUGUGGUUUGGCGACGGGAAGUUCUCUGUGGUCUGUGUGGAGAAGCUGCUUCCGCUCAGCUCCUUCUCCAGCGCCUUCCACCAGGCCACGUACAACAAGCAGCCCAUGUACCGGAAGGCCAUCUACGAGGUGCUCCAGGUGGCCAGCAGCAGAGCGGGCAAGAUCUUCCCAUCCUGCCCAGAGAAUGAUGAAACAGACACGUCCAAAGUGGUGGAGAUCCAGAACAAGCAGAUGAUUGAGUGGGCCCUGGGGGGGUUCCAGCCCUCUGGCCCAAAAGGCCUGGAGCCACCCGAAGAGGAGCGCAACCCUUACAAGGAGGUUUACACUGAGAUAUGGGUUGAGCCGGAAGCCGCUGCCUACGCCCCUCCUCCGCCGGCCAAGAAGCCCCGGAAAAGCACCGCCGAGAAGCCGAAGGUCAAAGAGAUCAUCGACGAGCGCACCCGAGAGCGGCUUGUUUAUGAGGUUCGACAGAAAUGCCGGAACAUUGAAGACAUCUGCAUCUCCUGCGGAAGCCUCAACGUCACCCUGGAGCAUCCUCUCUUCAUCGGGGGAAUGUGCCAAAACUGCAAGAACUGCUUUUUGGAAUGCGCCUACCAGUAUGAUGAUGACGGCUACCAGUCCUACUGCACCAUUUGCUGUGGGGGGCGAGAAGUCCUCAUGUGCGGCAACAACAACUGCUGCAGGUGCUUCUGCGUGGAGUGCGUGGACUUGCUGGUGGGUCCCGGGGCUGCUCAAGCGGCCAUCAAGGAAGACCCCUGGAACUGCUACAUGUGUGGCCACAAAGGGGUCUACGGGCUGCUCCGGCGCCGGGAAGACUGGCCCUCCCGCCUCCAGAUGUUCUUCGCCAACAACCACGACCAGGAGUUUGACCCCCCGAAGGUUUACCCGCCUGUCCCUGCGGAAAAGAGGAAGCCCAUCCGGGUGCUCUCCCUUUUUGAUGGCAUUGCUACAGGCCUGCUGGUGCUGAAAGAUUUGGGCAUCCAGGUGGAUCGGUACAUCGCCUCCGAGGUCUGCGAGGAUUCCAUCACUGUCGGGAUGGUCCGGCACCAGGGCAAGAUCAUGUAUGUUGGGGACGUCCGCAAUGUCACCCAGAAACACAUCCAGGAGUGGGGGCCCUUUGACCUGGUGAUCGGAGGAAGCCCCUGCAACGACCUCUCCAUCGUCAACCCAGCCAGGAAGGGCCUCUAUGAGGGGACCGGGCGGCUUUUCUUCGAGUUCUACCGCCUCCUGCACGAGGCCCGGCCCAAAGAGGGGGACGACCGGCCCUUCUUCUGGCUCUUCGAAAACGUGGUCGCCAUGGGUGUCAGCGACAAACGAGACAUCUCCCGCUUCCUAGAGUCCAACCCAGUGAUGAUCGAUGCCAAAGAGGUCUCCGCCGCUCACAGAGCCCGGUACUUCUGGGGGAAUCUGCCCGGCAUGAACAGGCCCCUGGCUUCAACUGUGAAUGAUAAGUUGGAACUGCAGGAGUGUCUGGAACAUGGCAGGAUAGCCAAGUUCAGCAAAGUCCGAACCAUCACCACGCGCUCCAACUCCAUCAAGCAAGGCAAGGACCAGCACUUCCCCGUCUUCAUGAACGAGAAGGAAGACAUUCUGUGGUGCACCGAGAUGGAGAGGGUGUUUGGCUUCCCGGUUCAUUAUACAGACGUGUCCAACAUGAGCCGCCUGGCGAGGCAGAGACUGCUGGGUCGCUCCUGGAGUGUGCCGGUGAUCCGCCACCUCUUUGCCCCGCUGAAGGAGUACUUUGCCUGCGUUUAAGGAGACGCCCUCCCAGAACUGGCAAAGUAGAGGAGGAGGAGGAAGAAUCUCAAACACAACCACCCCCCCGGAACAGAAGCAAAGUGGCACCAGAACGGAGGAGGUGGCUGGUGGGUGAGAGGGAGGGAAGGAGGGUGGGAGGGCGAGCGAGCGAGCGAGCGAGGACAAGCCCCCCGCGUGGGUGCCUGGCUCCAGCCACGCAGGCCUUCUUCACCCCUCCUCUCCCCAGUCGACCGCCCCCCAAUUGAACCAUCCACUCCCACUUUCUGUUGGUAACUUUUUAAUUCCCUGCUCUUUCUGGAUGGGGUUGUUGGUUAGUUUGGUUUCUGCCUCUCCUCGACUGAGCCCCAGCAAAGGGGGGGGGCUUCCCGCCAGCCCCACCACCACAGAGAGAGCUCCAGCCAGGCCCAAGCUGAGCGAGCCUCGGGGCGGCUUUGCCCCUGCUCAGUUUAGGAGCACAACCCCGGCGGGAGGGGGUUUGUGAUGGGGCCUCCUCGCGCCUACCAGCCCCGCUCUGCGAGGGCACGUAGCCUGGGAUUGCACAGGCCCUGCCCGCCCCUUCCUGCCCCCCCCACAAGCCACACAUUUUUCUGUAGUAUUUGGGUGCCUCUACUACACAGGAGACCGUGAUAAAAGCCCACCUCCUACAGCCGCUCUGACCUCUUGUUUACAGUUUAUAUAUGUGUGAGAGAAAGAUAUGUCUAUAUAUAAAAGGUACUGUUACUACUGUACAACUGACUUUCACAAUGGUGCUUCUACAACAGAAAGGGGGGGCGUCCCCGAGGGCAGCUUCUGUGGUGCUUUGUGUGCCAGCCUGCAAAAGGGGGGGGGAGAUGCUUCCUAGAGGGACAGGCGCUCUCCUCCGCCCGGGGUGCCCUGCAAUAAUGCUUUCCUUCCCUCCAGGGCGACCCUUCCUCUGGCCCAGGGCUGGCAGCUGACCCUGACCCCAACACCGGUGGGGCUUUCCUGCCCUUGGUGCUUCCUGGAGGCUCCCCUCAGGCUCCCACCUGUCCCCACCCCACCCCACCCGGCUCCCAGGCUGGCUGGCGGAGGACACCCCAGCCCAGCAGCACCCAGUCGUGGGGGCCCGCCUGCGAACCCCUCUGGGGUUCAGUGUCCUUCCGGGUGGGCUCUCCGGCGCCCGGCCCCUCGGAUGAGACGGACUCUCGGCUACAGGAGAGAGAGAGACCCGGGGUGGAGGGGCAGGGGGGGCGGAUGGAGAGGAGAGACUCCCCCCCCACCGCCCGCAGUAGCACCCCCACUCCCUUCUCCCAUAAUCUCAUGUGGCUGGGGGUGAGUGGGAAAGGCAAGCCCCUUCUCGCCCCAGCGUGCGGCGGGUGUGAAUUGUAGAAUUCCUGUUUGGCUUGAUCAGGUCCCGGCGGUGCUCAGCUCCUCUGCCGGACAGGCCCCCUCAAGGGAAAGGUGGGGGCAAGAAUCAGGAUGGGUGCCUCGCACGAGGAGUGGUCACGUUGGUUCCCUCGUGCAAGGUCUGAGGCAGCGGGUGUUUUCCCAGGAAGCAGUCUUGGGGGUGGGGGGGGUAGAGACCUUGGCAAUGCGUGCACUUUACUCUCUGGGCCGGCGGAUGACCGGCUGGCGUGGGGCCAGCCCCUGGUGCGUGAGGCGGCAGGAGGGACCACCCUGGGCGCGGGCGCGCUCGCUCACUCCUCCGUGUGCAGAGGACACCCUCCAGGGACUGCUCCCCCACGGGGGUCCUCCGCCCUUGGUGCUAAUGGGGAGAUGGGUAGAGAUCCCCCCCCUGAGAGGAACCGACUCUGGGCCUCAGCAGCUCCCCCACCUCUGCCUCCUCUUGGGCGGGGGGGCGAGACACACACACAGCCUUCCCCCCCCGCCACUCCCGUCUUCCCUGCAUGUCCAUGGUGGUCUGGGAGGCAGUGGGGCAGGUGCUGAGGCAACCCCCCCUCAAGGGCGAGGGAAGCGGCUGGCAGGCAGGCAGGCUGGCAGGCAGGCUGCCCGCUGGCAAGAGCACCCCGCACCUCAGAGAGCCCCUCGGCUGGGCAGAGAGGGAGGGGUCGGGGGCCCUGUAGCAGACAGAAGGCUCCUGGUCAUUUUGGGGGGCUGGGGGCCAGGCAGGCAGCACCUCCCCCUGCUUCCCUCUUAACUGUGAAGGAUGCUGGGGCCUCUCGCUCAGGGCCAGACCGGGGGGGGGGAGAGCAGCAGAGGACCCUGGUGGGGGCCGCUGGGCAAGACCCACUCUAGGGAGCAGGCGCCCCCCCCAACAAGCUCUGUUC